AUCCCUGGAACUAAUCCCUUCUUCCCGUUCCCCCCCCCCUCCCAAAACGAGCCCCCCACGCACACCCCCAGUGCUUGGGACGAGCCUUCUGCCAGGUCUGCCCACCCUUAGCUGGGGGGAGGGGGGACAGAUUGGGGGGCGGGGAGCAUGCAUGGCACGGGAGUGGAAAGUCUGUGCCUCCUCCGUGCAACCCUUCCUCCCUAACAUGCCAGCUCCCCUCCUAUCCUAACCACGGAGUCCACCACCACCCCCUUUUCUCAGAGUCGCAGCUGCCUGGUCAGCACGACCUCUUCCGAGCAUGCUGAGCCCCAACUUUGCAGUAAGACGGUAAAAAAUGGAAAUUCAGAAAGCUGCGAAAAGAUUUUUUUUUUUAUUGCAAUGAAUGGGGAGGAGUUCUUUGAGCACCCUUUUAUUCACCUCUCUUUCCUCUGGGCUGCCUGCCUGCCUGCCUGCCUUCCCCUCCCCCCAACCUGGAUGCCUGUCUGCUGGAAAAGGCGCGAUUGCUUCUCUUCCUCUUCUGCCCAAGAUCAGGCACUAAGGUCUGAUAUCCUUUUUAGUUACACGUGUGUCCACACUGAGUCUUCUUGAUGUUCUUGCAUUCACCAGUUCCUCUGGACAGUUCUUGCCAUAACCCCAUUUCUCAGACAAAGGCUUAGGAGGGAAAAAGAACCAAACUGCUUCCUGUGUUUGCCAUUUUAAUGCUGUCCAUCCCCACACGCCCAAUUCCUAUCCCUGAUGUUUCUCGUGCCAGUGUCUUGAACCUUCAGGAGGAAACAAAAAAAAAAAAUCUCCUGGGUAGCUUGAUACAGUUUCUUUAUAAAUCUGCAUUGUUGCUUCUGGUUUAUGGCCACGAAGAAAAUACCAGCCCCCACCCAAAAUGCACCGCAGCCAAGUCGGCUAAAGGCGAUGAGUGUUGGAGUCAGUAGGGGGCGCAUUCCCUGCACUGGGUAAGGCUGCAGAGGGGGGAAGGGCCCCAGAGCUAGAACAGGAUGUGCUUCACAGCGCCUUCUACAGACCAUGGGAAAAUGGACCCAGCAAGACACACUCUCGCACUCUUAGUUGGUGAGCUGACAGCAACAUGGCGAAGGAUUAAGUGAGUCAAGAGCGGUGAUUUUAUUUCUUUUAAAGAAUCCACCCAGCAUUUUAGAAGUUCUGUCUUUUGACUUGUUCAGAACUGUUGACCCUGACAAUCCACAUUUGUUCUUGGCACAUCCUUGGUACACAGAUUUCCUGUUCUCUGGAAUUCUUCCACCUUAAGCUUUGAAUGUGUCACCAUGUCUUUCCAAGGUCAGGUGGUAAAGGGGGAAAGUUUAAAACCUGAGAGUAAUGGGUUUGGGAGUAUUGCUGAUAACCUCCUCUCUUCAUGGCCCAAAUCUUUCCUAGUCUUUGAGAGUUAAAAAUCAUUCUUGAGGGAUGUUAGAUUUCAGUGGGGUAGUAAUUUUCAUAAGCUUGUAGAUGGGUGUCAUGAUUUGCAAAGCCUUGUUGGUAAACAUCGAGCCCAUGUUGAGUUCUUCGUUGUCAAACUCAACAGAGUUGAUUGUCAAAUUUUGUUGCCUUCCAACUUUGGACUUGUAAUUGCCGUUCAUUAUCUUCAGUAGCCAACCACCUUUGCAAAAGUGUUGACACCGGUCUUCUGUGAGCACCCACCUUCUUAGGGUGUGUUGAUUUCUAUAGAUUUUACUCCUCUUGUUAUUUCCAUAGGUGUGAGAUGCACAAUGCGAAACCUAGGCCCCAGCUUUUGCACCAUGAUGCACAGGGUUGUACUUUUUGUACUGAACUGAUAGGUGGCCUAGUGGUUAUGCCCUGUACUACCAUUUUGAGGAUCUGGACUCCGUUCCUGCCUUGCUCUUUGGACCACAUUGUCAAUUCACACCGAGUGCAGGAAAAGUUCUAAUACUAUUUAUAUUAAAAUAAAACGUCACCAUGUUGAACAGAUUAAGUGUCAAAAACUAUGUUCCAACUUCCUGUCAACAAUCUUGGCAGUUUAAGGAAAGCCCGGAAAACUGUGAAAAAAAUACUUAGUGACAUUGGGUUGGAAUACUGUAAAGAACACAUAGAAGAUUUUAAACAGUUUGAACCUAAUGACUUUUAUUUGAAAAACACUACAUGGGAGGAUGUAGGACUAUGGGACCCUUCACUUACAAAAAAUCAGGACUACCGGACAAAACCUUUUUGCUGCAGUGCUUGUCCAUUUUCUUCAAAAUUUUUCUCUGCCUACAAAAGUCAUUUCCGGAAUGUCCAUAGUGAAGACUUUGAAAAUAGGAUUCUCCUUAAUUGCCCCUACUGUACCUUCAAUGCAGACAAAAAGACUUUGGAAACACACAUUAAAAUAUUUCAUGCUCCAAACGCCAGCGCACCAAGUAGCAGCCUCAGCACUUUCAAAGAUAAAAGCAAAAAUGAUGGCCUUAAACCUAAGCAGGCUGACAGUGUAGAACAAGCUGUUUAUUACUGUAAGAAGUGCACUUACCGAGAUCCUCUUUAUGAAAUAGUUAGGAAGCACAUUUACAGGGAACAUUUUCAGCAUGUGGCAGCACCUUACAUAGCAAAGGCAGGUGAAAAAUCACUCAACGGUGCAGUCCCUUUAGGUUCAAAUGCCCGGGAAGAGAGCAGUAUUCACUGCAAGCGAUGCCUUUUCAUGCCAAAGUCCUACGAAGCUUUGGUACAGCAUGUCAUCGAAGACCACGAACGCAUAGGCUAUCAGGUCACUGCCAUGAUUGGGCACACAAAUGUGGUGGUUCCCCGAUCUAAACCUUUGAUGCUGAUUGCUCCCAAACCUCAAGAGAAGAAGGGCAUGGGACUCCAGUCGAGAAUUGGUUCCCUUGCUUCUGGAAAUGUCCGGUCUUUGCCAUCACAGCAGAUGGUAAAUCGACUCUCAAUACCAAAGCCUAACUUAAAUUCUACAGGAGUCAACAUGAUGUCUAAUGUUCACCUCCAGCAGAAUAACUAUGGAGUCAAAUCUGUAGGCCAGGGCUAUGGCGUUGGUCAGUCAAUGAGACUGGGUCUAGGUGGCAACGCACCAGUUUCCAUCCCUCAGCAGUCUCAGUCUGUGAAGCAGCUACUUCCAAGUGGAAAUGGAAGAUCUUACGGGCUUGGGUCAGAGCAGAGGUCCCAGGCACCAGCAAGAUACUCCCUGCAGUCUGCUAAUGCCUCUGCUCUCUCAUCAGGCCAGUUAAAGUCUCCCUCCCUCUCCCAGUCACAGGCAUCCAGAGUAUUAGGUCAGUCCAGUUCCAAACCUACUGCAGCUGCCACGGGCCCUCCCCCAGCCAAUACUUCCUCAACUCAAAAGUGGAAAAUAUGUACAAUCUGUAACGAGCUUUUUCCUGAAAAUGUCUAUAGUGUGCACUUCGAAAAAGAACAUAAAGCUGAGAAAGUCCCAGCAGUAGCCAACUACAUUAUGAAAAUUCACAAUUUUACUAGCAAAUGCCUCUACUGUAAUCGCUAUUUGCCCACAGACACCCUGCUCAACCAUAUGUUAAUUCACGGUCUGUCUUGUCCAUAUUGCCGUUCAACUUUCAAUGAUGUGGAAAAGAUGGCGGCACACAUGCGGAUGGUUCACAUUGAUGAAGAGAUGGGACCUAAAACAGAUUCUACUUUGAGUUUUGAUUUGACAUUGCAGCAGGGUAGCCACACUAACAUCCAUCUCCUUGUAACCACAUACAACCUGAGGGAUGCCCCAGCCGAAUCUGUUGCUUACCACGCCCAAAAUAACCCUCCAGUCCCUCCAAAGCCACAGCCAAAAGUUCAGGAAAAGGCAGAUAUCCCUGUUAAAAGUUCACCUCAAGCAGCAGUGCCCUAUAAAAAAGAUGUCGGGAAAACCCUUUGCCCUCUUUGCUUUUCAAUCCUAAAAGGACCCAUAUCUGAUGCACUUGCACAUCACCUACGAGAGAGGCACCAAGUUAUUCAGACGGUUCAUCCCGUGGAAAAAAAGCUCACCUACAAGUGCAUCCAUUGCCUUGGUGUGUAUACCAGCAACAUGACCGCCUCGACUAUCACUCUGCAUCUCGUUCACUGUAGGGGUGUCGGAAAGACCCAGAACGGCCAGGAUAAGACAAACGCACCCUCUCGGCUUAAUCAGUCACCAGGCCUAGCACCCGUGAAGCGCACUUACGAGCAAGUGGAAUUUCCCUUGCUGAAAAAGCGAAAGUUAGAUGAGGAUAGCGAUUCGCCCAGCUUCUUUGAGGAGAAGCCCGAGGAGCCUGUUGUGUUAGCUUUAGACCCCAAGGGUCACGAAGAUGAUUCCUACGAAGCCAGGAAAAGCUUCCUAACGAAGUAUUUCAACAAACAGCCCUAUCCCACCCGGAGAGAAAUUGAGAAGCUGGCUGCCAGUUUAUGGUUGUGGAAGAGUGACAUUGCUUCCCAUUUUAGCAACAAGAGGAAGAAGUGUGUCCGAGACUGUGAAAAGUACAAGCCCGGUGUGUUACUGGGCUUCAACAUGAAAGAACUGAACAAAGUUAAGCACGAGAUGGAUUUUGAUGCCGAGUGGCUGUUUGAGAAUCACGAUGAGAAGGAUUCCAGAGUGAAUGCUAGUAAAACUGCUGACAAAAAGCUCAGCCUUGGGAAGGAAGAGGACAGCUCCUCAGACAGUUUUGAAAAUUUGGAAGAAGAGUCCAAUGGAAGUGGUAGCCCUUUUGACCCUGUGUUUGAAGUUGAGCCUAAACUCCCUAAUGAUAACCCGGAGGAACACAUACCGAAGGUCAUUUCUGAGGAUGCUUUAGAAUCGGAGAAGCUAGACCAAAAAGAGGAGGAUGGUUCAAAGUAUGGAACUAUUCAUUUGACUGAGGAACCAACCAAACUAACGCAUGAUGCUUCUGACAGUGAGGUUGACCAGGAUGAUGUUGUUGAGUGGAAAGACGGUGCUUCUCCGUCUGAGAGUGGUCCUGGUUCCCAGCAAGUGUCAGACUUUGAGGACAACGCGUGUGAAAUGAAACCAGGAACCUGGUCUGAUGAGUCUUCCCAGAGUGAAGAUGCAAGAAGCAGUAAGCCAGCUGCCAAAAAAAAGGCUACCGUGCAAGGUGACAGAGAGCAGUUGAAAUGGAAGAAUAGUUCCUAUGGAAAAGUCGAAGGGUUUUGGUCCAAGGACCAGUCACAGUGGAAGAAUGCGUCUGAAAAUGAUGAGCGCUUAUCUAACCCACAGAUUGAGUGGCAGAAUAGCACAAUUGACAGUGAGGACGGGGAGCAGUUUGACAACAUGACUGAUGGGGUUGCUGAGCCGAUGCACGGCAGCCUCGCCGGAGUUAAACUGAGCAGCCAGCAGGCCUAAGCGCCAGGCUCUCUGGCAUCGGGGACCUGCUGCAGCCCGGAGCUCUGCUCUCCUGGCGGCAGGACUGCACAGCUGUACUCUCACUGGCACUGCCUUCUGAGCGCCGGGUCAUCGGGCUGUGGGGACGCGUGGCCACUGCAGCCCGGUGGUGGUUUCCAAGUCUGUGACACACGAUCGGCUGAUCUGGCUUCAGAACUUGCUGUGACAGACACGGUAAAUAAAUGUGAAAACCCAAGAAGCUGGUGGCUCACGAACGCACACGAGGAAAAGCAGAGGUUUACUUUUCUGCCUUCUCGACAUUUCUUUCCCUCUGUAAAAUGUUUGGUUGGAUGACCUUGGGAGGCCUUCUCCUGAUUCGCGUGGUGGUGCAGGGCCAACAGACAAGCUGCCAGUCCCGUGUGUAUAGUAGACUUUGGGGAAAAUCAAUUUUUUUUCAUGUAUUCAUUCUGAAUAGUUGAAAUGUAUAUUUGUACAGUCUUUUAGACCUAUUCAAGUGAUGCCUAUGAUAUUGUUAUUGUGUACCCAUCAUAGAUUUGUUUUUUUUUGUUUUUUUUUUUUUUUUUUUUUUUUUUUUUUUUUUAGUGUUGCCCUUGCUGUGUAAUAAACGCUAUACCUAGUUUACCUAGCAAAAGCUUGAAACUGCGCUAGUAUGGACCUUUGGACAGACUUAGUUUUUGCACAUAACCUUGUACAAUCUUGCAACAGAGGCCAGCCACGUAAGAUAUAUAUCUGGACUCUCUUGUAUUAUAGAAUUUUUCUUGUUCUGAAUAUCCUUGACAUUACAGCUGACAGAAACAAAAACUGGUAUUUCAGAUCUGUUUUCUGAAAUCUUUUAAGCUAAAAUCACAUGCAAGAAUUGACUUUGCAGCUACUAAUUUUGACACCUUUUAGAUCUGUAUGAAAGUGUGUUGUGUUGAAGCAGCAAACCAAUGAGUGCUGCAUUUUUGGAUAUUUAGUUUUAUCUUUAGUUAAACACCACCCUGGUGUAUUCAUUUAUACCAUCUAAUAUAUGACACACUGUUGUAGUAUGUAUAAUUUUGUGAUCUUUAUUUCCCUUUGUAUUCAUUUUAAGCAUCUAAAUAAAUUGCUGUAUUGUGCUUAAUGUAAAUAUUUGCUUUAUUACACAUUACAGUCCUGUGUCCAUUAUGUCUUGUGCCAGCUGAUGCCAUGGCUCACUUUCAUCAGAGACAAGCCACGGCCACUGAGGAAACUUGUGAAAGACCACAAUGUGCCAUUGGCAUAAAAGAAUGCUUUCUCUCAAGGCACCUGUUACAAAAUCUUUUGGUUUUGUUUUCGUCUUUUUCCUUUUUUAACUGCUAAAAUAAACAUCCUUGAGUUUUUCAGUUCCCCUUUUUUUAAGGAGCAGAGCCUGCUUGUAUGUGUAAAUGUCUCCGUGAUAAAAGGAUGUAAACAGAUUGGCAUUAAUGUGCAAGCAGAAUGUUAAUGCCCUGGCCUUCUUCUAAAGGAAGUAAAUGUUGGUCUUCACCUUAUAAUGGGAACAAUUGUACUCAACAGGCAACUUCUGUCAGCUUUUAUUGUAAUUCUCUUGACCAUCUUGCUAUUAAAAAGGCUUUGGAGAUCACACACUUGGAGGGCUAAGAUGGAAGGAGCUUUCCCAGUAGCAACUUGGACUAAAGAACGGUUACAAGGAGGCAGCGUUAGGCAACAUUUUCAGUAAUUACAACUAUGAUAGAAAGCUCCAGUCCAUACAAAGGGCAGAAGCACAGCAGGCACCUACCUCUCGGGGCCAUUGGUCUAAAGAGUUAAGUGGCUGGCUUCCAUAACUUCUAAGACUCCUUCCCAUAGAUAGGUGUAACGAAAGCAUUAACAAGACCAAAGAAAGUUGGAACGACUUCCUUCUAAAAUGUUAAGUCCUGCUUCUCAACUACAGGAGAAAGUGCAAGAAUAGACUAGAACCUUUAGGGCAUUUGGGGCUGGCAUGGAGUUAUUUUUAAGUCUGUUAUACAAGUAGAUUAUAAAUUCUAUAGACCCCAGCUCAUAAGAUUUAGGACAGGAUGUCUCCAAAUUAAGAUGCCACAGAUUACCAAAUCAGAAAAACUGGCAUUGAUAAAGCCUGUUUUCUCUUACUUAAGGAUAGUAAUAGCAGCUGAAUUUAAGCCAUCUCACACUUGGUUUGAAAGUAGUCUGCCUAAUAAAUUACUAGGUGGGAAGGACUUAGCCUGGACUCGAAUCCUACUCGGAGGUCUAAUGAGACUUGAAUAGACUAGUGGAGGGGGGGAGGUAUGUUCCUGGUUGGACUUUUGAGCAGAGACAGAUGAGCAUGCUUCCUUGCUAAGGUGGUGGGAGUGGGCAUUGUUGGCAUUCGGAAAAGAAUUUAGCCACCUAAGAAUUGGAAAUAAAGAAGAUCCCCAACUAGAAAUGUUGGAGAAGUCCUAAAAGUGUCUCAAUAAAAGCCAUUUUAAAAGAA